AUAUGCUUCACCGUUUCCACAUUGGACUCCCCAACUUUUGGAGCCACUAUGUAAAGGAUACUGGCAGAAUUAUAAUCCUCAACUUCUGUACAUGCACCAUUAGAGCAUGACAGAAGCUGCUGUAAACUUCGUUAUUGACAAGCUCACAAAUUCUCUGGAGAAUGAAGUGCAACUCUUCAGAGAUGCUGAGGAAGUUGUUAGCUCAGUGAGAGGACAGUUUGAAUGCAUAAGGGCGUGCCUGAGGGUCGCAGAUUCCCUGGAAGAGAGCGAUGACGAAGUCAAAGUAUGGGUAAAGCAGCUAAGGGAGAUUGCAUAUGACACUGAAGAUGCUCUCGACAAGUUCAAACUUCUCUCGGCACAUGAUCAUGGGGUUGGGUUUGCUGGUCUUCUCUCUAAGAUAUCUUGCUGUGUAAAGAACAGGAAAGCUCGAUAUCGAACCAUUUGGAGAUACAGAACAUCAACUCCAGAAUCAAAAGCGUAUGUGAUGGGCACCAGAGGCUACGCUACAAGUUUAGUAAAGCUGAAAAUGGCCCAGGCUUCAAUUACUCUGACGACACAUGGCAAGAACACCAAGAUAAUGCCUUUUUUAGACAAAACUGAGCUUGUGGGCAUUGAAGAGCCGAAGAAGCAGCUGAUUGGGUGGCUGGUUGAGGGAACUUCUAAGCGUCAAGUUAUCUCUGUCGUUGGGAUGGGAGGAUUGGGCAAAACCACACUGGUAAAUCAAGUUUAUGAAGAUCCAGAGGUGAAGAAACAUUUCACAAUAUGUACUAGGAUCACUUUAUCUGGCUCGCCAAAUAUAGGAGAGCUCCUCCACGACAUGCUUCGGCAAAUUAUGAGAGUGAUCAGAAAACCGAUUCCUUCUGGUGCGGAGACCACAAAUAUAUACUGGCUGAAGAUGAUAAUCAAGGACUUGCUACAGAGAAUGAGGUAUUUGGUUGUUCUAGACGACACAUGGAGGAUUGACGAAUGGGAUGCUGUCAAACACGCACUGCCCAACAACACGUGCGGCAGCCGAAUAAUCAUCACAACCCGGAAUGCUGAUCUAGCAUACACCUCCUGCCGAGAAUUCAAGGGGAAGGUCUACAAGAUGGAGCCUCUGCCAGUAGAACACUCAUGGAAGCUUUUCUGCAAGAAGACAUUUCAGGUGAAUUCUUGCCCUUCCCAUCUAAAGGAGUCCUGUGAGUUUAUUUUAAGGAAGUGUGAAGGACUGCCGCUUGCUAUAGUGGCUAUCAGUGGUGUUUUGGCUACAAAAGACAGGCACAGGACAGAUGAAUGGGAAUUGGUUUGUCGCAGUCUUCGUAGUGAGAUUGACUGCAACGACAAACUUAAAAACUUGAAGAGAGUUCUUUCCCUUAGCUUUAAUGAUCUGCCAUACUACUUGAAAGCCUGCUUCUUGCACUUAAGUUUAUUUCCGGAGGGUCACCCCAUCAAGCGUAGGAGACUGAUUCGGUUAUGGGUUGCAGAAGGAUUUGUUGAAAAGAAAGAAGGAAAGACCCUUGAACAAGUUGCUAAGGACUACUUCAUGGAGCUGUUGAACAGAAGCCUGAUUGAGGUGGCUUCUAAACGAAGUGAUGGAAGGGUCAAGACUUGCCGCAUCCAUGAUUUUCUGCGGGACAUUAUCACUUCAAGGUCAACUGAUCAGGGCUUUGCAGAAAUAGCAAAAGGAGAAAAUCGUGAAUGGCCAGACAAAGUCCGUCGACUGUCAAUUCAGAACACCCUGCAAACUCUGCCACGGAACUGGUCCUUAUCUCAACUUCGCUCUUUAUAUAUAUUUGGGGUAGAUAAAUCAUUAAUGAAUUCAGUUUUAGCUAGUGAUAUGAAACUGCUCACUGUUUUGGAUAUGCAAACAGCUCCUUUGACAAGGUUCCCCGCUCAAGUUGCUGAUUGGUGUUAUCUGAGAUAUCUAAGUUUCAGGUUCACUGAGGUGAGUACAAUUCCAAGUUCUAUUGGGAAGCUUCAAAACUUGGAGACUCUAGACCUUAAACACACAAAUGUCACUGAAUUGCCUGUUGAGAUCUUGAAACUCCAACGGCUUCGUCAUCUCCUUGUUUAUCGCUACAAGAAUGUGUCCUAUUCAUCCUCCAAAUUCGGCUUUAAGGCCCUUAGGGGAAUAGGGGCUUUGCAAUCCCUUCAAAAGCUCUGUUAUUUAGAGGCAAAUGAUGAGAAUAGCAGCAGUGUGAUAAGAGAACUUGGAUUGUUGACACAACUGGAUAGGUUGGCCAUUCUGAAACUUAGAAAAGAAGACGGAAGGGAUUUGUGCUUGUCAAUCUCCAAACUAACCCGGCUUCGAGCAAUAUCUAUAGCUUCUCUUGAUGAUGACGAAAUUAUUGAUCUGCAACACCUCUCUAGUCCACCUUCAUUCCUUCAGAGAAUCUACUUGAGAGGACGCCUAGGGGCUUUACCACACUGGCUACCCUCUCUCAGUAGCCUGAUGAAAUUGCACCUGAGGGCAGUCGCCUAAAGGAUGAUCCUCUAGUGUCUCUCCAAAAUCUGCCCAAUCUUGUGCAUCUUGAGUUGCUUCAGGUUUACGAGGGAAGCUUGUUGUGCUUUAAAGCAAAAACCUUUAAGAAGCUGAGGACUCUGGGUCUUGAUUAUUUUGACGAACUCAGGUGCGUAAAAGUGGAGAAGGGAGCAAUGCCUUUUCUUGAGAAGCUUAUCAUUCAGCGUUGCAAGUUACUAAAGAAGCUUCCAUCAGGUAUUGAACACCUGACAAGGCUGAAAGUGCUGGAGAUUUUCGAUAUGCCAGAUGAGCUCGUCAAGAAGCUUGUGCAAGGUGGACAAGAUGAUGACUUUCAGAAAGUUGCACGUGUUCCAGAAAUAUAUUAUGGCUACUGGAGAGAUGAGGGUUGGGACGUCCAGUUAAUCGAGAGAUCCGUGCAGAAAGAUGUUGCUUCCACCCAAGGCACUAGUAUGAGGAGCGACGAGUUCCCACCAUGUUGGAAGUGAAUGUACCAUAUUAGUGAAUAACUGUGAGUCUACGGAGUGUUUGUGACUGAUGACUUGUAAAUGUGAAUGUGUAGUAAGGUUGCUGUGGCUGCGAGUCUUGUCUGUAAAUGACAUUUAGGAGCAGUCAAAACUAUGUUAAUACUAUUUGGAGGUAGCUAUUAGGUGAUAUUAGAUAAAGCAAUAAGGGUUUGAAUUGUGUCUCUUAAUGCUGUAUGAAUGGGGCUCGUACGUGAUGUUUUAGUAAGCCAUUCAGUAAAUAUGUAGUCUUCUGUAA